CGGGCUCGUCAUCAUUCUUCCGCCAGUGCAGCAGGUAAAGCUUCCCGAUCCUGUGAAUUAUGACCUCACACCUUGCCAACCCAAAUUCCGCUAAAUCCAGCUCGUCGCGUCUACCGAUCUCUAUUCAACAUUCAACAGACACACAGUCAUGAUUUCCUGGUGAUCAGUAAAUUAACGAGCAACCGGUGCCGUCUAUCAAAUCUACGUCUGGCGAGACGCGAUUAUACCAUCCCCGAUCGCAGCCGCGAGCUGGUGGUGACACUGUCCCCGCCAUGGCUGAUAUCGACAAGACCACCGACGGUCCCACGGUAAUCGAACAAAGCGCCUACGACUAUACCAAAUUACCAGACUGGGACAACGAUUUCGUUGACGAAGAUGACUUUUUGGCUUUUGCAUCGGCGCUCGCCGCGCCCGAGCAGUUCACAUCACCAUCCGAAGAGGACUUGCUAAGUCCUUCGAAGCAACAAAACGCCGAGUUCAUCACCGCACUCAACGACUGGCGACCAGUACGGCAGCGACGUAUACGCAAAGCUGGAGAGUUAAAACGGCGGACAAAGAAGAAGAGUGGUGCGCGGAGAGGUGUGGAUGAGACGCGAGAAGGUUGGACUUAUUCAGUCUUCAAAUACCCGCUGCUCUUCUUGGUUCUUGGCUGGAUUGUCCUUCUCGGGAUAUGCUACAUCCUGACGCGGUUCUACAUCUAUCUCUACGAGUCGCUCGUAACAUGGCGUGGUCGGAGACAUGCCUUGCGGAAGACCCUACGAGCGCAAGUCAACUAUGAAGAUUGGGUCAAGGCUGCUCAAAAUUUGGACAGUCACCUAGGCAAUGACAAAUGGAAGGCGGACGAUGAGGGCUCAUACUACGACUGGAAGAUGCUCAGGCGUAUCCUUCGGGAUAUCCGUCGCCUACGUAAGGCUGCAGAAGAGGAGGAGAAGCAAGGGGACAAACCUGGUCCUCGGGCUAUCGAUGAGCUGCGGGCUACGCUCGAGGUCUGCAUCAAGACCAAUUUUGCUGGGAUCGAGAAUCCUCGUUUAUACUCGGAAACAUACUAUGGCACGAAGAAUCUGCUACAGACUUACACCGAUGAGAUUGCCGAUGCGGUCAAAUUCGUCUUUGCAAGUGAGCAGCUGACUGCUGCCGACAAGAGGACUCUCGCCAAACACAUGUCUGCAAACUUCGGACGGACCGCUUUGUGUCUCAGUGGUGGUGCUACUUUUGCGUAUUAUCAUUUUGGAAUCGCAAAGGGCUUGCUAGACGCGGAUCUACUCCCGACCAUUAUCACUGGCACAUCUGGUGGUGCGCUCGUCGCUGGUUUGGUCGCUACGAGAACGAACGAUGAGUUGAAGCAAUUACUUGUGCCUGCUCUGGCAUCGAGGAUUACUGCAUGUGAAGACGGCAUUUCCAUCUGGUUGAAACGAUAUUGGCGCACCGGCGCUCGAUUCGAUGCAGUAUCCUGGGCGAAGAAAUGCGCUUGGUUUUGUCAUGGAAGUCUGACAUUUGCCGAAGCCUACGAGCGGACAGGUCGUAUCCUUAACGUCUCAUGUGUGCCGUCAGAUCCUCACUCUCCAACAAUUCUUGCAAAUUAUUUGACUGCUCCCGACUGCGUGGUCUGGUCGGCGGUGCUUGCUUCCGCGGCUGUACCGGGCAUCCUUAACCCUGUUGUGCUGAUGCGCAAGAAUCGUGACGGAAAACUCGAGCCAUACAGCUUUGGUCACAAAUGGAAGGACGGCUCUCUGAGGACGGAUAUUCCGCUGAAAAGCUUGAAUCUGCACUUCAACGUCAACUUCAGCAUCGUAUCACAGGUCAACCCUCACGUCUCUUUAUGGUUCUUUUCGUCGAGAGGCACAGUUGGCCGUCCCGUGACGCAUCGUCGCGGACGUGGAUGGCGAGGAGGCUUCUUAGGAUCUGCUAUCGAACAGUUCAUCAAACUCGAUCUGAACAAAUGGCUGAAGGUAGCUCGACACCUUGAACUUCUGCCACGACCUCUUGGUCAAGAUUGGAGUCAAGUCUUCCUGCAACGUUUCUCUGGAACUAUCACUAUCUGGCCCAAAACCCGCACGAUGGACUUCUAUUACAUUCUCUCCGACCCUACCAUGACCCGUCUCGCUGCAAUGAUCCGCAGCGGCCAACUCGCCGCCUGGCCAAAGUUGAAGUUCCUCAGCAACCGACUCGUGAUAGAGAAAGUUAUCGCCGAGGCCCGCGCUGCCACGCGGCCACCGGACCAACCUGUCCUGCCCACACCCGGACCCCGGCCAGAGCUACGUAGCAUGUUCAGCGAAGAAGAUCUUCAAUCCCUUCUUCGCAAGGCCCGUAACAACAAUGGUCUGGUCGAAGUCCCCGCCAGUAUGCUUUCUCCUGCCCCUCAAGAGAAAUCCCAACACUCCUACUUUCCGGCUCCGGACAACGACAGCCGCGACAGCUUCUCUCCGCCACAACCGCAAUCCCGCAACGAGUCCCCCUCCAUCUCUCAACGCGUCUCUGGAUGGUGGGGUUCUUUGCAGCCCAACCCAUCUCCAUCGUCAUUGGCUUCACGACGUAUGAGUACCGACACCGUCGUCGGCGCAUCGACACAAAACAAUAAAGAGAAUCUCUCACCCUAUUCCAUGCACUCUCCUCCAACCCUGCAUCAUCAUCGUAGUAGCGGUAGUCGACUGGAGGAAAUGGCUCGCCAAAGCCGUGUGUUCUUCGAUGACUACGAUGAGUCUGAAGCUGAAGCUCCCUCCGAUGCUGGCGAGAGGACGGACGAGACAGAUUACGAAUCGGAAUUUGAGGAAAAGGCGGAAGAGUCGGCGAUUAUUCUCGACGAUGAGGAUGAGAAGCGGACGCUGAUGUGAAUUUUUUAGUUUUGAUUUUCGACGAGACGAAUUUGGAUUUCACGCUUAGAGCUGUGCUCGGAGAUGGACAAUAACACUUUGGCAUCCAUCACUUCUAGUUUGGCAGACUGACCAAAAAGCUCUUCGUUUUGUUGUUUUUGGGCGUACACACAAUAGAUAUACCACCAUUUGGAACAGAAAGGGAAAGGAAAAUCGAAUUGUUAAUCACAACUGAUUGCUUUCGGAGCGCAUUCAUAGAUUCACCAUUGCCGUCACCGUC